AAGAGUGGGCUAAAGUAAGCGAUAAUGAGAAAAAAGAACUAGGAAUCACCAUAGAGGAUAAUGGAGAAUUUUGGAUGUCGUUUGAGGAUUUCUGUAAGAACUUUACUAGUCUAGACCUUUGCCAUCUAAUCAAUACCUCGUACUUCUCUCUGUCUAAGACGUGGCACGAAGGUGUAGGGAAAGGGGAAUGGACGGAUGGUAGAUGCGGAGGGUCGAUUGGGAACGAAAAUUGCCUUCAAAAUCCACAGUAUGUGUUUGACGUAAAUGAUAACGAAGAUGAGGUUUUGAUCUGUCUACAACAAGCAGACACACGGGCAUUUAAGGGCCAGGAAGGAAAAGAAAUGUAUGGAAUAGGCUUCUUCAUUACCGAGACUGAUUUAAAUCGUGAGUACAGAAUGCACGAUAAGAUGAGGACAGCCCAAAUCUCAAGAUAUGGCGUCUGUAGAGAUGUUAUGAAACGCGCCACGCUCGAGCGAGGGCGAUAUGUGAUAUUCCCUACCACCCAUCAGCCAGAUCAGAAAACGAAAUUUAUUUUACGCAUGUACUUCAGUUCCUCCCCCGAUUUCAAGGAGUUGUGUUAUGACGAGCCUCAGCCCCCUCAGUGUUGCUCGUUCUUGUUUAAACCUCCGACUGCUGCAACACAAAUCACGAUAAACAGUGCCAUCACUAUAGACACCAGUGCACCCCUCUUAGAUCCGGACCCGUAUUGUGAGGUGUCCUGUGAGGGGGACAAAGUAAAAACCAGUGUAUGUAAGGGUACCAAGAACCCGAUCUGGAACGAAAGAAUGACCUUUUACCAAAAAAAAGAUGGGGACAUUAAAAUAGAGAUUUGGAAUGACAAUUUAAUAAAGGACGAUUUUCUUGGACAAUGUGUGAUUCCUUUGGACGAGAAAUCUAAAUACACUGGAAAAACUUUACAAUUUCCUUUGUUUGGAAAAGGAAAGGAAGAAAGCACGAAACAAAAAGGGACGCUUAAAGUGACUAUAUUAUAUACAAAGGAAAUGGAUACUGUAUAACUACCCCAUGCUAAAAAGGACCCGUCCCCCUUUUUUCACAAGGGAAAGUUACUCAGGUGCGUGCUGAGUCAAAAUAAUACAUGUUCAUAGCCAAAGAGAUGAAAAUUAACCCAAGUUUAAUGACAACUAUAUACAUGUACAAAUUCUAAGAAUGCUGUAUAUAGAAAAAAAGGGGUCAAUGUUUGAUGAGUUUGCUAAGU